UCGGCGUCGCAUACCAGAUUGACAACACGUAGUUUACUGUAUAAUCUAACGAUUGAUCGUCAAAUGCUAGUUUCUGUUCUGCUUUAAAUCCAAUGUUUGUACGCAAUUGUAAUCCCAUUGGUCGAAAGGGAUCUUGGAUUCGGGCAUGGAGUGGUCCAAGGAGUAUAAUAACUACGAGUGGUCGAAGGACAAGACAUUGAAACUCAUUGAGCUACUUCAAUUAAACGCUAAUUUAUGGAAUCCAUCGCUCUGUGAUACUCGUAGAGAUAAACAAAAACGAAAAGAAGAGUUGCGUGGUAUUGCUGAAAUAUUACGAAUAUCUGUUUUUGACGCAACUAAGAAAAUACAGCAUUUACGUACACAAUACAACAGAGAGUCGGCGCGAGAAGCACGAGCUAAUUCAGAAGGACCCAACAAUAGAUACGUUAGCAAUUGGUACGCGUAUGAAUAUUUGCACUUUAUGAAGGACUCAAACAAGCCAUAUAGAGUGUUGCAAUCGGAAGAACAGUCUGAUAUCAAUGGAACUUUACAAACACAUACAGAUAACUCAGUGAAUGAUUGCAAACUUGAUAACCUCUCUCCGCCACCUAAAAUUGCCAGAAGUGAACUAUUACACUCUUUUAAGCCUGAAAUUGUUUAUCCCCCGGCCGCUAUAAAUAGAGAUGAGUUUACAGUGUUUGGUGAAUAUGUAGCAAAUGAACUAAGGUCACUAAAAGGUGAAAAAAAUUUGUUAGUUGCAAAAAAGAAAAUACAAGAUGUAAUAUUUGAAGUAAAAAUGGGCUUAAUAAAUGAACCUAGAGCAGAGCAAGGUACUACAUGUACAGUUUAUACUACACCUGCAACCCAAUCGCAUUCCUCAACUAUACACAAUGGAAAAAUAUAUACAACUCCCAUUAUGAGCACAAUAGCCAGUAUUGAACCUCUUUCGACAUCUCAUACUCCCCCAACCACAGGUAUAAGUGAGAUAAUCAUCAAUGGAGCCUGCCACUACUCUACUUUCAAAGUAGACGAACAAUAGCAAUGUCAGCCACUUCCUGUGGAAGUGGAUAAAACUGACAACUACACAAUCACAAAUUAAAAAAGACUUUGUACAAGGAAAUUGUGAUUACAUGUGUACAUACAAUACAAUAUGAAGUGUACUUGUAUUAGUUUAAUAAUACUUUUGUGCCAUAAAUGUUAUGUAUAAUUUGUUAAUAGUCAUAGAAUAUGGAUGCUACUGAAAAAUGUCCUUACAUUAAUAAAAAAAGUAAUUUCAUCAAAUUAUCCUUAUUCUUCGUAUACACUCUAAAAUGACAGAACUAAAUAAGCAUCAUUGCUCUAAGAUUAUUGACAAUAUUAUGCUUAAGAACAAUGUAAUUUUUAGUGUAUCUAGUCAAUUUAUGAUAACUAUAUAUUAAGAUAAUUUAUAAUCAUAUCAAAUGCUUGUUUUUAAUGUUAUAAACCAUUAUCUAUAUAAAUGAAGGAGGAAAUUCAUAUUACCCAACUGAAUAAACAACUAAACCUAUACAUAAACCGGGAAAUGGUGUGCAUUUCAAAGGCUAAGUAUAUAAUAUUUUCAUAUAAAUAAUUAUGUAUUUCAGUAUAACCUGCUUUAAAUUUAGAAUAUUAACAUGACAAACUUCAACUUUAUAUUUGUGUAGUAUAACUUACAAGAUAAUACUACUUAAUUUAUGGAAUUUAAAGUAACAUUAAAAGAAACAUUGGAUAUGGUCAAAUAUUGUUACGCAUAGGCCCUUUAAAGCAAUUUUGAAACAAUAUAUUUAUGAGUAAAUUGCAAUUUCAUUACAUAAAAUGAUAAACAUAAGGGAUACAUAUUAUUUCUUUACAAGAAUUUCGUAACAAAAAAUACAUAAGAAUGUUUGUUUAUUGAAUUGCCAACUGAGGCUUUGAAAGUAAGAGAUUAAGAUAUUGUGAGAUUACAAUAAGUUUAUAUAUAAAAAAAAGAAAUGAUAUUUUAAAUCACCAAUGCAUAAUUUUUGUCCACUAUUUAAUGACUGCUUAAAAUUAGAUGAAAGUGUUAACUCUUUGUAAUGAAACCCAAAAACUCUUGUCUAAUAUUGUUUUAAGGUAGUUUAAUGGUGUGAUUGUUACUGUUGUUAUUGUUACUAGUUACUAAAUAACACGUUUUAUAUCCACAAUCUGCCCUUGUGUUAAGAAAAUGGAACAGACUUAUGCAAAAUUGAUUCAGUUCUCAAAAACCUAAUAAAUGGUUUUUUAAUCUCUGCAAAAAGAAUUCAAGUUUUAAGCUUGUUUUUUAACAAAUCAAAUGGUCGUUAUUUUGAUUUAUAAAUUUUAGUAAAAAUUCACUUUUCUGAAAUGUUUGAGGACUACAUCCAUUCUGCAUAACUAUUGUCCAUUAUAAAAAGAAUGAUUAACUCAACUGCCUAUUAGCAAUAUAACAGUUUCUUCCAAUUUCUUUAACACCUAAUUCUUCUUAAUGCAAUUUUCCUUUUCCACGGACACGACUCUUAUCUGACGGUAAAAAUACAUAUGAUAUUCCAACAUUUGUUACUUGAAAAUCUUUUCAUAUCAUAUUACUAACUGUAUAUCUCUAGUCUUAAAAGGAUCCUUGUAAUAUCGGAAAAAAAAUGGGAACGUAUAUGUACAUAAUAUACAAAUGUGCUAUAAUAUUAUUUAAGUUAGAAAGGCCGUCGUUAGCGAGUUGGAUCAGGAAAUCUUAGUUAUUUUAAUUAUUUAUGUAUAGCAUCAAUUAAGGUUGCUAGGUCGCCAAACCUAAUAGCAGAACAGACCAACUAGUUUGGCCGGACAUUUUGGUAAAAUGCCGGAGCCCUACAUUAUUGAAGGUUUUUUGUCUCAGUAUUAAAAGAUACGGUAAAAAAAUUGUAUAUAAAAUCAAGCUUUUCUGAUGAUUACCAUUAUUAUUUUUUAUUUCUAAUGAAAUAUAAAUAAAAUCUUUUAUGUAUCUCGUUUGACUAAAUAAAUAAAAUGUAAGAAGCCGGACAAGUCGUACACUAUUUAUUUUGGCCGGACACGCAAUCAUAAAACCUAACUAUGUCCGGCUUCAUCCGGACGCUGGGCAACCCUAGCAUCAAGGAAAAUUACUUUCGUAUAUUUAUGUACAUUAUGUACCUAUCGUUAUUAUUAUCGGGAAGCCUUCUGAGUAUUUCAUGUAUAAAUGAAAAAAUAACAUUGUGAUAUAUGAAAAUGUAAAUAAAAAUCAUAGUCUAAGAAAGAUCUCAUUUAAGUAUCGAGUCAUUA